AGAAAAUGGGAAACUGUCUUCAACCAAAAUUGAAAGAAGAAACUAGAAAGGCUAGUUUAGGUGCUCUUAGCAAGGCGUGCGUGUGUUUUCCAAUAAUGUCUGAUAAGACCCGGAAAUUGAAGAAAACGUUAGUUCUGCAACGUCUGAAUCAGUCUUGGAAGCUGUGACUAAAAUAUAAGCAGAAAAUGGAUUACAGACAGUACAUCAAUAUCAAGACCAGUCACUACUUGAUUGGAAAUGAUGGAGGAGGGAUGGGAAGUAAACAGUUUAAAAGAAGACGAAUUAGAAGAUUUUUGUGUGUAUGUUGUUCAUGAUCGGCCAUGUGAAAGAGUUUGUCCUAAUAGGGCUCAAGCCUCCUUACCACGGAAUCUCACCUUAAAACCAUCUCAAAUCAAUUCUAAUGUCUUGGGUGUAUGGAGUGUAGAUUAUAUACCACGAGGUACAAGAUUUGGUCCUUUAAAAGGUGAAGUGUUUUCUAGAGAACCAACUACUGAAGAACUACAACAUAGACGAUUAUGGAAGGUUUUUGAAAAUAACAAAAUUUACCAGUAUGUAAAUCAGAUGGACACAUCAUGUAGUAAUUGGAUGAGUUAUGUUAACAUGGCCUUCAAUAACCAACAUCAGAAUUUGAUAGCUUGUCAAAUAGACUAUAAUAUUUAUUUUUACACCAAUAAACCAAUAUCCCCUAAUACAGAAUUACUGGUAUGGUACAGUAAAGAGUAUGCUGAACGUGUUAACAGUCAACCAUUACAUGAUGAUGUUUUAAACAGUUGGAAGCGCCAGUUAUUUGGUGGGCCAAUUCCUCAUUCAGUUCUAAACCUACAGAAUAACAGUAGUUCCUAUUACAGAAAUCCUCUAGGAUUACCUAGACUACCUUUACCUUCCCUACCACUUAAACAAGAGAAACGUUUAGAAGAUGGCCAUGUUAUUGAUUACAGUUUACAUAGAAGAGAUGCCAGUCCUUCCAGUGAUGAAAGUCAAUUUGACAAAUCAAAAUCUUCGGAUAUCAAACCUUUCUCAGCUUCUUUUGUGAACCAUUCACCUGUUCUUACCAAACAUAACCGAAGCCAAAGUCCUGUUAGUAUACCAAGUCCACCCAAAGCACAUCAACAGAUUGACUCAAAACCUAUUCAUAGUACACCUAAGAAGAAUACUGGAAUCAUUGAAAACUUAUUGCUGAAGAAAAUGAUGGAAAAUGGUCAAGAAAUCAGUGAAAAAAUGCUCAAAGGAGGUACCAUAUCCAGAAUACCAUCGCCACAUGAAGAAAUCCCAUUUAAAACUCAAGACGGAAAACUUUUAGAGAAAGAUCAACUUCCAGUGCUACCACCAAUACCAUUUAAUUACAAUCCUUUCAUGCCAAAUAACUUGAUGAUGGAAAGACCAUUAUUUAACCCAUUUUUAAAAUCUGAAGAUCCAUCCAGGAAACUGCCUAGCCAAAAUAACCAGAGUUUAUCAAAUCCUUUGUUUUAUCCUUCACCAUCCUUACCAGGAUUUUAUCCGUUUGGUCAAAUGUAUCCAUUUCCUCAGAUACCUGGAUUACCAUCAUGGCCAAUGUAUCCAACACCAUCUUUUCCACCUUCACCAACCAGUCAGCAAUUGCCUAACAAUUUCAAACAUACUCUACAACCAGAACAGGUUUUAAAUCUCAGCAGUAAAUCAAAACAUGAACAGAAUAGUUUCAUGCGAGGAUUCCGGGCUUUACCAUUCCCUUUAAGAAAAAAAGAUGGUAAAAUGCAUUAUGAAUGUAAUGUAUGCUACAAGACAUUUGGUCAGUUGUCGAACCUGAAAGUACAUCUUAGAACUCAUACGGGUGAAAGACCAUUUAUAUGUCAGACAUGUGGUAAAGGUUUUACACAGCUAGCCCAUCUACAGAAACACAACCUGGUACAUACUGGAGAAAAACCUCAUGAAUGCAUUGUCUGUGGCAAACGUUUUAGUAGUACAAGUAAUCUUAAAACACAUAUGAGACUUCAUAGUGGUGAAAAACCAUUUCAUUGCAAAUUGUGUCCAGCUAAAUUCACCCAGUUUGUUCAUCUAAAACUUCAUCGCCGCCUACAUACAAAUGAAAGACCUUAUGAGUGUCCACAGUGUAACCGUAAAUAUAUUAGUGCUUCAGGACUUAAAACACAUUGGAAAACUGGUAACUGUGUACCAGCUGGUUCUGUAACUGAUUUCAAUAUGUUGUUGGAAAAUACCUUGAAAGACUUUGAUAUGACAAACCCUUCGACUGGUGAUAAUAGCACAGAAGAGAGUUUAACAGAUAAGCAUGGUAGUACUGGUAGUAGCGUUAAUACAAGCAACGGCACCAACAGUAACCAUAGUGAUGAUGAUGUUGACGAGGAUGAGGAUGAGGACAUGAAAGACCUUUCACCACUUGAUGUCAUUAAUAAUGAUGAUGACGAAGAUUCCAUGAUCACAGAAGAUGUUAACUCUAGAGUGCAUUUUUCACCAGAAUCCAGAUUACAGAAGUCACCAGAUCACCACCUUGAAUCCAGAUCACCUACUCAAAAUCUUGAUUCUAGAUCACAAUCACCAACUCAUUAUUCUGAACCCAGAUCACAGCAAUCACCAACACUUGAAUCCAGAUCACAGCAAUCACCAACUCGCUCUCUUGAAUCCAGAAUGAAUGUGUUUCCUGAAAACCAGCUAGAAUCAAGAUUACAAAAUUCUCCAGAUAACAAUUCUCAAUCACCAUACAGUCCUGAUCAUAAUUUUGAAUGCAGAAAACAUCUUUCUCCAGCUGAUUCUGAGGAAGAUUCUGGUGUUUGUGAAUCAAAUGAUCCUCAAGAUACCAGAUCUCAAACUAAAGAUAAUUGCCAAAGAGAAUAUAAAGUUCAAACAUCAGGAUUUCAAAAUAUAGGAACAUUAAUAGCAUAGAUUUACAUUUGUGAUAUUCACAACAAUAUAGUAACUAAGACAAUGUUUUACAUAUGAUUAGCAAUAAUUUAUUCCUUCUGGGAGAUUUGUGUCUUGCAAUAUAAUUAUUGUAAUUUAAAUUUUAGCUCAGCAAAACUGUACAAUGUAGUUAAUAAUAUAUUUUUUAUUUGAAAUACUUUUAAAAUAUUGUUUUAAUGCAGUUAUAUUACAAAUAAAUACUUAAUCACAUUGACUGAUAUGAUUUGAACACAAUGAUUUAUUAAUUUCCGUGGGAGAUAACAAAUAACUGUACAUAAUAUUGAAGAAUGAAACUUGUAUACUUUACUGAUAUUGUAAGUAUAUCAAAGAAUAUUGUAUAUUGUUAAAUAUAUUUAAGACAUUUUUGUAUAUAUUUGAUAGAAAUUUAGCUUUUAGAGAUGUAGCCAUAAUUUUUAGAUAGCUUUUUAGUGCAUUUAUUCUACUUUUUGCUUUUUUGUGCCAUAUUAUAUUUUCAGUACAUGUUUAGAUUGACUGCCGUGUGCCUUUUUACACUAAUUCGUUUUGUUAUAUUUUGGUAUUUUUUACAAAAUAACAAUUAUUUUAUUCCAUGACAUGUCAGAAUUCAUUUUUUGAUUAUUUUUAAUGUACAAUCUCAAUUGUUAGAGAUUUAAGAAAAAAUAUUAAAUGGGUCACUAAUUUUUAAAAAACUUUAAAAGGAAAACUUUAAAUAUGAUUAAUGAAAAGGAAAAUAAUAGUGCCUGUUAUUAGCUAACACGGUUAAUUAUUUUUGUGUUAUAGUGAAGUUGUCUGUGUUAAUUGUUAUAGUAUUGCAAUAAGUUCAUUGUGUAUUAUGUGACUUGAUUCCGUCCUUCAGUUCAUAAUCAAUAUUUUUAUUAUUAUUAUUUCAAUCAGUUUGUGAAAUCCAUUAUCCAUAUUUUAUUAUACAAUUGUAGUUAAGACUAAGGGUCUGAUACUCUGAUAUAGUAUUUAAGAUUCAACCCUCUAACCAAAGACCUGUAACCAUGAAUAUUAUAAUAACCCAUAUAUAUAUAUAUUAUAAUAUACAAUUUAUUUUUAUUUAUUAAAUAUAAUUUGUGUAUUGUAUUUUGUAAUCCAGUAUAUAAUGUUCAGCAUUAACUUAUAUAAACUAGGGACCACAUUUAAUGAGUUUGCUCAAUGUUUUAAAUUAAUGGUAAUAUUGUGUGCAAUGGAUUUAUUUGGAAUUAAUAGCUUUUGAACACUAUAAAGUGUUGUUCUUGUAAAAAGAAAAUUUGUUUGCUCAUAUUAUUAUAAUU